UACACGCUAUAAAGUUAUUUCUAGACUCACUUUCCGGAUUCCCAGUACUCCAACCGGCAGCAACUCCCGUCUGUCCAAUCAGCCUGUUCCCGAGAUUGGUUGACCCGUUUAAGGCUCCUCCCAUCUAAAUAUGUGCGCAUGUCCCUGUGCCGGAAGAAGUCCACCUCCUCAGGCCAACGACCCCCAAUCUUGUCCAUCUGGUUAUCCAAGGAGCGGCGGUGGUCCAGGGGGUGGUGGUCCAGGAGGCGGUGGUCCAGGAGGCGGUGGUCCAGGAGGCGGUGGUCCAAGAGGCGGUGGUCGUGGAGGCAAUGCUGGACCGAAUCCUCAGAAACGACAGCCCUGUGGUCCUAAGCCGUGUGGCGGUACCCAGUGCAAUAAAUGCGGGAAGGGUGGUCCCGGAGGAAAAGGUGGCCCUGGAGGAAAAGGUGGCCCUGGAGAAAAAGGUGGCCCUGGAGGAAAGGGUGGACCCGAAGGCAGAAGUGCUCCCCGAUCCAACGAAGGCAGAGGUCUGAGGGCCCCACCAAACAAUCGAGGAGCACAGGCUCUGGGACUUGCCGCUCUGCUCUUUGCCUUUGGGGUCUUCCUCACCACGCAAAUGGGACUCGUGGCCAAUGAGAUUGGCUGAAUCUACACAGGACGGGAUUGCGCGCUGGUAAGGAUCUCCACAGCGCAGAUUACUCAACAUCACUCAAAAGCAAUGGCGUUGCGUUGAUUUGGGGAGGGUAAUUAAAUUCGAAAUGGUGUAUUUAA